UGCACUGGAAAUGAAGAUUGGAGUAAGAAUUUCAGAAUACAUGAAGCAAAGCUGACCAUGAAUCAACAGUUCUUAGAGACGUAUACAGUGCCAGGAAUGGACAACCAGACAGCUGUUGCUGUUCAGUCCCUGAUUGAUUCACAGGUCAUCACUGAGACUACUCCAGUUGAUGAAGAUGAUGUUUUCCAAUGCGGCAAGUGCAAGAAACAGUUUUGCUCACUGUCGGUCUUUCUAAGCCACAAACAGUCUCGCUGUAAUGGCCCUCGCCCCAUUUUGCAACAGGUAGUCUCUCGGACCAAUCAGAAUGCACAAGACAUUGUUCUUGCCACCAGUGCUAGGGGGGCUGCCCCUGCCCCAGAAACUGUUACAGUUGGCAGGGCACCACAGAUCAUUCAGUCCUCUAUUCCCUCCUACAAUAAUGUGACACCAGCUUCAGCCCUUGCUCAGAAUGUGGUGUUAACGGAUGAAUUGAUGUCAUUUGCUAAUAUUGAUCAAUCCCUUGGUAACCAGACAUUACAGCUGGGACCCCCUGUUUCCUCAGGAGGAUCAUAUCUGUCUCAGGUGGCAUCUUAUCCCUCCCAAUCCCCUAACAGUGUUACUAUCCUGGGUCCUAUCAACAGUGCCUCCACACUGCCGACUGGCACCACCACCUAUAACUCUGCUACUCAUAUUCAAAUUCAACCUGCCCCUACUCAGCAGGCAACACUAGUCACAAGGGCAGAGAAGAGCAUUGCCAACACAAUAGUUAAACCUAGUCCCACUAAAGCAGGGAGAAAAUCAGCCCAGGCUCAGGCUAACCUAGUCACAGUGGUGACCAGUGGGGCUGAAACCACUGGAGUGAGGAUGAGGCGAUGUAAAAAUGGUGGCUUGAUUGUGGAGGGGGAGAAGAAGAAACUCAUAUGUCAGUACUGCAACAAAGCCUUCACUAAGAACUUUGAUCUUCAGCAGCACAUUCGUGCACACACAGGAGAAAAACCUUUCCAAUGCAUUGUUUGUGGCAGAGCCUUUGCUCAAAAGUCGAAUGUCAAAAAACACAUGAAUACACACAAGGUUUGGCCUUCAGGAACAGGGAAAACAUUACCAGAACAGCCCCCUCUACAGGUGGAAAAUGUUACCACUGAACAAGCUGAUCAGACCUCCAAGGUCACAGGAAGUGAAAAGGAGCAGGGGAACAAUAAUACAACAGAGCCAAAGGAGGACACUAGAACCAAAGUCAUGAUAGACAACUCCUACGUGUGUCAGUAUUGUCCUAGCCGCUUCAAAUCUUACUUCCACCUCAAAUCCCACAUGGUGCAGCAUAAAAACCAACAGGUCUUCAAAUGCUCCAUGGCUAAAUGUAACAGAGUGUUUAAAGAAUUGGACUUCUUUCUGGAGCACAUCAAAGAACAUGAAUGUGAAAUGUCCUAUCGCUGCCAUACUUGCAGCAAGAUGUUUGUAUCAUUGUAUGAACUAGGGCUCCACCAAUAUACACACAGUUUGUAUCCUCACCAGGGACCCAAGACAGGGCCGAGGCAUUUUCAGUGCACUCGUUGUAUGAAUAAGUACUCCACUCCAGAGGCAUUGGAGCACCACAUAAACACAUCUUCCCAUGAUCACCCAUGCCCUCACUGUAACAAGUCGUUCACCUGCGAGAGAUAUCUACGUCGUCAUCUACCGUCACAUGGAUCAGAAGGUCAAUUUCAGUGUCCAACAUGUGAAAAGAAAUUUAAAGCAGAGCACUACCUGAAAAUGCAUGCCUUGAUUCACACAGGAGAAACUCCAUUUUCCUGUGAAAUCUGUAACACUGCAUUUAACCGUAAGGACAAGCUCAAAAGGCACAUGCUCAUCCAUGAGCCGGCCAAGCGGUACAAGUGUCCUUUUAAAGCAGUAACAGGGUGCACUAAGGAAUUCAGUAGGACUGAUAAACUGAAAUCUCACAUAGUUACCCACAGUGGUCUUCGUCCUUACAAAUGUGGAGAGUGUGGAAGAUGCUUCAGCAGAAAGCCACACUUGAUUGAGCAUGAGAGAGGACACAGAGCAGACUACAAAUUCAAAUGUCAAAUCUGCCAGAGGGGAUUUUUCCGACCCAAACUGUUCAAGGAACACAAGUGUAUACCAAGUAAAAAUGGGGAGGCACCAGCGAGGGUGUAUCGACCCAGAAAUAAAAGAAAAGUGGGCCGACCCAGAAAGCGUAUGAUAACCAUAGAAGCAGGGAAAGAUGGAAAUAAGAAGAUUGAAGUGGAUGAGGAGGGGGAGGUGGAAGUUCAAAAUGUAAUGGUCAUGCAAGCUGAGAGUGAGGAGCCUGUGGAAGAAAGCCAAGCAGAAGUUGUGGAGGAGCCUCCUGUUGAAGAGUCAUCCCCAAAAAUGGUCAAGGCGGAGGAAGGCAGUAAAUCAAUGACAAAAAUAGAAAAGCCACCAUUUUGUGUCAAAGUCACACCUCCAGUUCCUCGAUAUCUUACCGUCAACAUGGCUUCCCAACCCAAUAGCAUUCUGGGACAUGGCAUUCAGACACAUUUCAUUCAGACCUCAACCUCAGGUACAGGUUAUCAGAACAUUGUGUCCCCCAAUACCAGUUACCAACCAGUUACAAUUAUAGAGGCUCAGUCCAUUCCAAUACAAGUCACUAAUCUGGAGAAUGUAGCAUUAAGUGACCAACUAUCUCUGCAGAUGACCUCAUUACAGGGAGGUGUUACUGUAAGCGACAGUAAUGUUUCUGUGAUUGAGAGUGUCCCCAUGCAGGUAGUGAUGCCUUCAGAGGACCCGGAUAGCAUGGUGACUACUCAUGUUGUUGUUAGCUCCAGUGGACAAGACCAGGGGUAUCACACCUCACAGCUGGACGAUUUCACAGGGCCAGAGGGAGACCCUGUCUUACAAGGCACUGAAAACCUGUUGAAGGCCCAUGCUGAAAUACUGCAGUCGGCUCAGUAGCACAUAUUACUAGCACAUAUUCUAAUAGUUGUUGCAUUUUUAAUUUAUUUUUUACAAUACCUCUUUGAACAUGAUUUAUUUAUUAAGGUUUUAGUUUUUGUCACAAAAACUAUUUAUCUCAUAAAUACAUGAAUUUAUCUAAUAAAUACAUGAAAUGUAAA